AUGGUGUCUACUCCGGCGAUUUUGGCUAUGACGAUGCAAUUGAGGGCCCCCUGCUUCACUGGACUAGUUGAUGCUGUCACUGAUGAGCCAGCAAUUUUCUUGUCUUCCUUACCAGAGGAGUCUCCUUCGGUGGCCCAGAAGUUUGUGCCUGCCUUUGGAGGAGACGGGGCCGAGGAACAAGGUGCUGAGGAAAAGAAAGUGGUCGGUGCUGCCUUGGGUUUUUAUCUUGAGAACUUUCGUUCGACAUAUUCCCCCCAUCUCCCUGCGCCUUUUCUCUCUCCUACCCCUCCCAAUUCCUGA